UUACACUGACGCGACCUACAUGCGCCGGGAGCAGCCCUGUUAGCUGCGGUGCUUUCAGUUUUUCCAGUCAGCUCGUUCCACUGGCACCCCGAGCCCUGGAAACAAACAGAAGCGGACUGAGAUAUCCGAUUUUAAACCACUUAACGUUAACUAGCUGAACGGUAUCAGUUGGCGUUCAGCUUCACUCACGUAGGCCUUUCAGUAAAAGUAAGUUAUAGUGACAGUUCAGCUACCUCUGCUAGCCGCAUUAGCCCGCUAGCCAGCCCUUUGCCUGGCGUCAUUUCCUACUUUUGAAAAUCGCGGCCAGAAAGUAGCGAAACAGAUGGAGCUACAAGUGGGAACUGAACCGAUGACCCUGGGCUCUCCCACCUCUCCGAAGGCGACCUCCGGAGCUCAGUUCCUGCCCGGGUUCUUGAUGGGCGACCUGCCGGCUCCAGCUAGCCCCCAGCCACGGCCCUUCAGCCUGGCCAUGCCCAUCAUGGAGAGCACAGGAGGAGGUGGUGGAGGGGGAGGCUCUGCCCCUCAGCCUGUUGUCCCCACCCACAAGGAUAAAAGUGGAGCCCCACCUGUCCGCAGUAUCCGUGACGACUUGGUUACUGUAGCAACGCCCCUCAGUGCACACAGACAGUCCUUUCCAGUUAUGCAGUCUCCGCUGUCUGCACAACGGGCCUCAACUCCAGGAACAGGUGUGCAGCAGGUGUGCCUGUCUCCAGCUCAGGUGGAUCCCUUCUACAGUCAGGGAGAGUCUUUGUCAUCUGACGAUCAGCUGGACCAGACCUGGGUCACUGUGUUUGGUUUUCCUCCAGCCUCAGCCUCCUACAUCCUGUUGCAGUUCGCUCAGUACGGAAAUAUCCUCAAACACACGAUGGCGUCUCCUGGUAACUGGAUGCACCUUCAAUAUCAGUCCAGGCUUCAGGCCAGGAAAGCUUUGUCUAAGGACGGAAAAGUGUUUGGUGAUGCCAUCAUGGUGGGAGUGAAACCCUGUAUAGACAAGAGCGUGAUGGACAGCAGUGAAGCUGUCUCUCCUCCCCUCUCCUCCUCCUUCUCCUCCUCCGCCCUCCCCUCCACUCCUCGCUCGGCCAUCAGACCGCUCAGCGCCGCCUACAGGAGCUCCGGCAGCGACUACCAGGUGGUAGCAGACAGACAGACGCCCAGGAAGGACGACAGCUUCGUUUCCAAAGCGAUGGAGUACAUGUUUGGCUGGUGACAUUACACAGUGCAUCAUGGGAUACCUGCAGCCUCAGAGGAGAGAGGAAAAUCGAUGGAUGAAUUGAUUCACUACACUGUGUGUGUGAUUGUGUGUGUGUGUGGGUUUGUGUGUGUGUGUGUGUGUGUGUGUGUGUGUGUGUGUGUGUGUGUGUGUGUGUGUGUGUGUGUGUGUGUGUGUGUGUGCAUGCUGAGGUGGAGGAUCUUUCUGUCUUCCUCUCUCUUCCUUUAUAAUCUGUAUUUUUUACUGUCUCUGACUCAAUAAAGUUUUCUCUGGUUUGAAUUCAGUGAAGCUGAAGUUUCAUUCAGAGGAGAUGUUCUCUCAGCAGCCCCACGGCGGCGCCGUUACACGGCAUGGCCAAAAGUUUGUGGACAGUUAACCAUUCCAGACAAACGGCGGGAUCUACAAGUCUGAGACCACGUUCCCACGCAGACUUUUGGACCCUACUAUAUGUGAUCGUUGGACCAGAACCUUGGGCAUUGAUGUCCUGCUCUAAAAACCUCCACUCCUCUGGUCUCAGUCUUUCCACCAGAUGUUGAACAUGCUGCAGGGAUUUACUCCCAUUCAGACACAAGAGCAUCAGUGAGCUCCACCACUGAUGUUCCUUGAUCAGGCCUGGCUCACAGUCAGUGUUCCAGUUAACCUCAAAUGGAGUUGGAUGGGGUUGAGGUCAGGGUUCUGUGCAGGCGAAGGAACAAACACAAACUGUUGACGCAAGAUUGUGAGAACACUGUUGUUCUCUCUAAGCUGUAGCAAGAUUUCCUGUUUUGUGUUUUGUCCAGCAGAUGGAGCCACAUUUCUUGCCACACAAACCUCCAGAACAUGGACUGCACAUUAAAAAUUCUAUUUAUA